GCCUCUCUGAUCUGGCCAAUCAGAGAGAGGCUUUCCUGUGACGUCACUCUCGCGUUCUUCCGGGUUAGAAAAGAAGAGAGGGACGGGGUCAGCUGAGCAGAGAGAGGUUCAGCAGGCUGGAGAUCAUGUUGUGUGCGUCGGUUUGUGUGUUGCUUCUCUCCUUCUCCUUUGUCCACAGCAGCUUUUCCACCAGUGGUCAGCGGCGCUAUGAUAAACUACACCAGAGGCUGGACCCUGAAGUACACAUGAACAUUACGCAGAUCAUCCGGCGGUGGGGGUACCCCGCGGAGGAGCACGAGGUUCUGACGGAGGACGGCUACAUCCUGACCGUGAACAGGAUCCCACGGGGACUCAAACACAGCCCAGGUCCGAGGCCGGUGGUCUUCCUCCAGCACGGUCUCCUGGCUGCCGGCAGUAACUGGAUCACCAACCUGCCCAACUCCAGUCUGGGCUACGUUCUGGCCGACGCCGGCUACGACGUUUGGCUCGGAAACAGCCGAGGAAACACCUGGUCCAGGAAACACAAGACGCUGAGUCCAGACCAGGACCAGUUCUGGAAGUUCAGUUACGAUGAAAUGGCCCUGAAAGAUCUUCCAGCUGCUGUGGACUACGUCCUGAAGGUGACGGGCCAGGAACAGAUCUUCUACAUCGGACACUCUCAGGGAACCACGAUAGCAUUCAUAGCGUUCUCCGCGCUGCCGGAGCUAGCCAGUAAGAUCAAGCUGUUCUUCGGUUUGGCUCCAGUAGCAACCGUCGCGUUCACCGCCAGCCCCAUGACCAAACUCUCCGUCCUGCCAGACUUCCUCAUCUGGGACCUCUUCGGUAAGCGGGACUUCCUGCCUCAGAGUCACAUGAUCAAGUGGUUGGCCGAACACAUUUGUGCGAAGCAGGUUCUCAGCGAGUUGUGUGGAAACAUCUUCUUCAUCCUCUGUGGCUUCGACGAGAAAAACCUCAACAUGACCAGGACCCCGGUCUACACAACCCACUGUCCAGCUGGGACUUCUGUCCAGAACAUGGUCCACUGGGCCCAGGCGGUUCACGGAGGUAAACUCAUGGCCUAUGACUAUGGAGCUGAUGGAAACAUGAAGCAUUACAACCAGUCCACGCCCCCCCAGUACCACGUCCCGGACAUGAAGGUUCCCACCGUUCUGUAUUCAGGGGGACACGAUACGCUGGCGGACCCCAAAGACGUGGCCGUCCUUCUCACUCAGGUGUCCAACCUGGUCUACCAUAAGCACAUCGAACACUGGGAACAUCUGGACUUCAUCUGGGGCCUGGAUGCUCCUGAGCAGAUGUUUCCCUCCAUCCUGAAGCUGCUGAAGGAGCAUCGCUAGGAGCUUUAUCAUGUUUGUUUCAUCCAGAAGCACCAGCAGAAUGAGUGUUGUUUUAAACUUGAAUUUAAACCAUUGUUCUUCUUGAACGUCUUCUUAACGCUGUGACUUUAAACCUCAGAGAGAAUUAAUUAGGAACAUGAGAACGAGCCCAAAGAUUAGAUGAGUAGGAAAAGACGGAUGUGCUCAUCACUUUCUGUCUUUUCUGAAGUCUGCUGCAGGUUUUUACAGGUUUUUAAAAUGUAGAGGGUUGAAUGUCACACAGUAGACUUUUAGUAUUUUUAACUGCAUCCAAUGUGCCUGUUUUACACUGUAACUUGUCUUAAUUACAUUUAGAGACUGAAGUAAAAUACUACGACAUUUAAACCACGCUGGAACAAUGUGUGAACGCUAAUAUGUUAAUUAAGGGCUGAAUGUUUAUGCAUUAACACGAGUUUAAGACGUGACCGUCUCAUGAAUGUUGAAGCUGUACUGUAAACUCUCUUUUUCUUAUCUUUUAACCUGUAAUGAUGUGAUUCAUUUUACUUUCCUCUGAUAAACUGUUCAGAUUUUCACUCUGAUUUUUCACCACUGAAUAAAAAACUAAAUACAGUUUGUUA